CGUUGUUCAUAUAUUAUGAUUAUGUAAAUAAUAGAAGGGUUACAAGCAGAUUAACUUAUUCUUUACUAUUUUAUGAUAUUCUUUUCAUCAAAAAUAAUUAAUGCUUGUUGGGGAGGAAAAUAACUUGGAAGUAUUCUAUCCGAAAGCGUGGCUCUCCUACAAAUUUGUGGUAAAUUUUGCAUAGGUGAUAUUUUUUGAUGAUGUCAAGGUUCGAGAGUAAACAUUUUGAAUUACUCAAAAGUACACGAGACUACUGAAUAAUUUGAUCACUGGAUAUUUAUUACUGAUUCAGCUGUUAUGAUUCAGAGUCCAACGUUAAUCUCCCAAAAUUUGGUUAUACAGAGGCCUUUCCAAGAUGGCAGCAGAAGCCGUCGCCAUCUCAAAACUGCGUCCGUUAGUCCUUUGCGGUCCCUCUGGUUCCGGCAAGAGCACUCUCCUCCAAAGGAUCCUCAAGGAAUACCCCGACAGGUUCAGUUUGAGUGUGAGUCACACCACGCGUAAACCCAGACCAGGGGAAGUAGACGGGGUGCACUACCAUUUCACAGACUCCAGCAACAUGGAAAAAGCCAUUUCGGAAGGGAAAUUCAUAGAGUCCGCCAAAUUUAGCGGUAACCUCUACGGCACCAGCAAAGAAUCGGUCAGGAAGAUCGCCGAGGAAGGAAAAAUAUGCAUUUUGGACGUCGAAGUCAAUGGUGUGCGACAAAUCAAACAGACCGAUCUCAACCCGUGGUAUGUCUUCAUCAAACCGCCAUCUUUGGCUGUUUUAGAGGAGCGUCUUCGUGCCAGAAAAACAGAAACGGAGGACAGUCUGAGGAAACGACUAGACACGGCCCACAUCGAGAUGGAAUACGGCAUGCAACCAGGAAAUUUCGAUAAAAUAAUCGUGAAUGAUGUCUUAGAAGUGGCGUACGAAGAACUGAAGCAGUUUAUAUCCGAGAAUGUGUUGAUAAGUGGACAUUGACAUUGUUUUGACUUUUGAGGUUAUCUAUGUAUGUUAUUUGACAGAUCAUAGAAGAUUGUUGUACUUAUAUACUGCCUUGUAUUGUUUCAUUCCAUGUUAUUUUAUCAGAAGAAGUAUUUAGAAGCAGAUUACGGGUAUGUAGACAUCGCUCGCUACAUGAGUAUCGGUUAGCAAUAAAAAGCUAGAACGACUGGA